AUGCUUGCUAACCAACCUGGUGUUGCUGUCUACCUCGACGAUGUGAUAAUCACAGGGAGUAGUAAGUCUGAAUUGUUUGAUCGACUUGACGCUGUGCUAUCCAAAAUGUCAGAGUUUGGGUUCUACCUUAAAGAGGAUAAAUGUACAUUUUUCAUGGAUUCAGUAAAGUAUCUUGGGUUCAUUUUCGAUCAACAUGGACGUCGACCAGACCCAGAAAAUGUACGUGCUAUUCAGAAUAUGCCCGCUCCCACCAAUGUUGCCACUCUGCGAUCUUUCCUUGGCCUCAUCAGCUAUUACAGUGCAUUUCUACCAGAGCUUCAUCACAUACGUGCUCCACUGAAUCGCCUGUUAUCGAAAAAUGCAAAAUGGAAUUGGUCACCUGAAUGUCAAAAUGCAUUUAAAAAAGUAAAAUCGUUACUCCAGUCAGACAUGCUGCUUACUUAUUAUGAUCCAAGUCUUGAAAUCAUCCUUGCUGCAGAUGCAUCCGACUAUGGUAUUGGUGCUGUUAUAUCUCAUCGUUUUCCUG